AUGGCCCCUCGGUAUGGAAACCAACCGUAUCACAUCCAACAGAAUCACCUCCAGUCGCACCAGCAUGGCGCACUUCCUCCUCCGACCCAUCUUGGGACACCCUCCUUCGGCGCAGCCGGUUCAUCAAGCGCAAGCCCGUUCGCUUUAGCUGGGAAUUUGAAUAAUGGCUUCGAUCGCAACAUGCUGGACGGAGGAGUCUUGCCUGGUCAGAUGGGACAAAUGGGCUUCCCCAGAGGAGGGCCUGUCCAAGCUCAUCAAAACUAUGAUGGCCUAGGUGCUCCUCUAGAGAACAAGGACGACGCGCGAAUUCGCAACGUCUGGAAGCACAACCUGAAAGAAGAAAUGGCUACGCUCCGACAACUUGUCGACUCGUAUCCGUAUAUUGCCAUGGACACUGAAUUCCCCGGCAUCGUUGCGAGACCUAUCGGCCAGUUCACUACCAAAGCAGACUACCACUAUCAAACACUUCGCUGCAAUGUAGAUUUGUUGAAGAUGAUACAGCUCGGAAUUACGCUAUUCAAGCCCGACGGCAGUCUUCCACCUCCCGACGCAGUUGGAGCAACAAAAUCACAGUUUCACGCGAGCCUUCUCCCUACACCUUGCACCUGGCAGUUCAACUUCAGAUUCUCUUUGGAGACAGACAUGUAUGCUCGAGAGUCGACACAGAUGCUUACAAAAGCUGGAAUCGAUUUCGACAAACAUGCCAAACACGGAAUAGAACCAGAAGAUUUUGGGUCCCUCCUGAUCAGCUCUGGUCUGGUGCUCGAUCCUGACGUUCACUGGAUUUCCUUUCACUCGGGCUACGACUUCGGUUACCUUAUGAAGUUGAUGAUUUGCAAACCACUGCCUGAAGAUGAGGCUCAGUUCCACAAGUAUCUCGAGAAGUUCUUUCCGUCGCUUUUCGACAUCAAAUUCAUGCUCAAGCAUGCGGGGGUUAGAGGUCAGGUGAAUAGCGGUCAACCGCUGACACAAGAAGCAGCCAUGAUGGUGCAACGGAUCAUGACCAAAUCUGGACUACAAGACAUUGCCGAGGAACUUGCAGUUGCGCGGAUCGGCCAAGCACAUCAGGCUGGUUCAGACUCCUUGCUUACUGGGCAGGUGUAUUUCAAGAUGAAGGAGAAGAUCUUCAACGGAACCAUCGAAGAAGACAAAUACCGGCUCCAAGUUUGGGGCCUGAACGCCCAAAUGCCCACAGGUGGACCGAGCGCUCCCAACAUGAAUGGUGCCACCUUCUACAACCACAACGGAACACCGUCGACUCCUCAGACAGGCAACAUCGGUAUGGCGGGUGCUUCACACACGCCAGUGCCUCACGGUAUGAUGGGAAGCAUCACGCCCGGAGGUUUUGGAAAUUUCUCAUACUCAAAGACGAUAAGUUAG